ACAAAGUUAAUAUAAAUAGGUCUUAAGGCAAAGAAUACCUAAUCAGAAAAAUGUUUGUACAACUGGGGUUAGUACUUCUACUUUCGCGGGGACUUCUGGGCGAGUCUGAUGCAUUUGGUGGAGAUACGCGAAUCAUAGGGGGUUUUAAUGCUCCUAAGAACUUGGCGAAUUACCAAGUCUCCAUACGUAAGAAAUACCAUAAUCAAGAAAUACACUGGUGUGGCGGUUCUAUCAUACACGAAGAAUGGGUUUUAACAGCUGCUCACUGCACAUAUGGUAUGAAUGCCAAUCGACUACUCAUUGUGGUUGGAACAACCGAACCAAAAUCAGGUGGCGACCGUUACAAAAUAAAGAAAAUUAUCAUUCACGAGAAAUUCUCAAUAAGAAAAUUGAUAAAUGACGUAGCUCUAAUGAAAGUCGACGGUAAAAUCAAAAUGAAUAAGAAUGUCAGGGUAAUCGAAUUGUGGAAAGAGCCUGUGGCUGCUGGAUCAAUUAGUAUUCUGACGGGAUGGGGAUUUACUGACAAUAGAGGAACUAUGGCGAACAAACUUCAAAUGCUGAUCUUGACGAUUAUUAGCAACAAGGACUGCAAGGAGCAGCUAAAACGUGCCUUCUUAGCACCAGUCGAUGAUAAACAGCUCUGUGCGAUAGAUCAAAGAAAGGGGGGUGCUUGCCUAGGUGAUUCAGGAAGUCCGCUGGUCGUCACUAAUGGAAAUAAAGGUCUUGUUCAAGCUGGAGUCAGGUCCUCGGGAACGAUUCCGUGCGCGAAAGGCCAGCCUGAGGUUUUUUCUUCAGUUUCUAGCUAUUAUGACUGGAUUAUGAAAAAUAUGAAGAAUUAAAUUGUGUCGACAAAUUAUUAACCAAACGUAUCAUAUAGACCAGCUAUAUGAUACGUUUUAUUACAUAUAGUUAUUUUUUAUUAUUAUAUGUGCAGGCAGUCCUCGUACUUACGGCAUUUUAGGUUCUCGAAAUAUGCGACGUAAGUCGAGACGUAUUUUUUCAUAUGUUUACAUGUAAAACUCAAGGGUUAGGUACCAUACGGAACCCAUGAAGAAGCAAUAUUUUUUUACGCAUUGCAAGAUAUUAUAACUUUUCCAAAAAUUUCUCAGCUCCAUGCCAUCAUUUUCAUUAGCCUUAAAGCCUGUGAAAAAGUUCUCCUGAGAUAAAAGGCCUUAAAAGACGCUAUAACUCCUUGAUCCAUCGGCUGUAACAACGAAGUGGUGUUUGAUGUGCCGGCCCCACGGACAUUGACCUUGUGACAAGUGAAUUCUCCUAUACCGGAAAUCGAAACAAAUGACGUAUCUUGAGGAAUAGUAUCAAAAAAUUGUUUGACGUAACUUGAAACGAUGUAAGUGGAGGACUGCCUGUAUAGCAUUAUGCACGCAUAUGACAUUUAAUAAAUAUCAAUUGGUAU